AUGGAUUUCAGCCGCAGAAGUGUCCAUAGAAGCCUGAGUUCCUCUUCACAAGGCCCUGCGCUCAUCAUGAGCAGCUCCAUUUAUAGGCAGGGGGGCCAGCAGCGCCUUGGGGCUGCACCUAGCGUUUACGGGGGUGCUGGAGGCUAUGGCACCCGGAUCUCAACUGCCAGUUCUGCGGUGAGCUAUGGAAACAGUCUUGGCGGUGGCAGUGAUCUGUACCCUGGCAGCGAGAAAAUGGCCAUGCAGAACCUAAAUGACCGCCUGGCCAGCUACCUAGAUAAAGUGCGUUCCCUGGAGCAGUCCAACACCAAACUCGAAGCCCUGAUCAAGCAGUGGUACGAAGCCAAUGCACCCAGUGGCAUCCGGGACUUCAGUGCCUACUACCAGCAAAUCGAAGAGCUGCAGAACCAGAUUAAGAAUGCGCAAUUGGAAAACGCCCGGUGUACCCUGCAAAUUGACAAUGUCAAACUGGCCGCUGAGGACUUUAGACUGAAGUUUGAGACCGAGAGGGGGCUAUGCCUAACAGUGGAGGCCGACCUUCAAGGUUUGCGUAAGAUUCUUGGUGAACUAGCCCUACAGAGAACUGACUUGGAGAUUCAAAUUGAAGAACUGAAUAAAGAGCUGGAUCUCCUCAAGAGAGAACACGAGGAGGAAGUCAAUGUCCUACGCCGGCAACUAGGCAACACUGUGAAUGUGGAGGUGGAUGCGGCUCCGGGCCUAAACCUCGGGGAAAUCAUGAGUGAAAUGAGACAGAAAUACGAAGUCCUGGCCCAGAAGAACCUUCAAGAGGCCAAGGAACAGUUUGAGCGACAGACGGAAACUCUGCAGCAGCAAGUCACGGUGGAUACUCAGGAGUUGAAAGGAAUCGAGGCCCAAGUGACGGAGCUGAAGCGCACCCAGCAGAUCCUGGAGAUAGAACUCCAAUCCCAACUCGGCAUGAAAGAAUCUUUGGAGCGCACCCUGGAAGAGACCAAAGCUCGUUACAGUAACCAGUUGGCCACUCUCCAGGGCAUGCUGAGCUCUCUGGAGGCCCAACUGAUGCAGGUGCGGAGUGACACAGAACGCCAGAACAAUGAGUACAACGCCCUUCUGGACAUAAAGACCCGGCUGGAGCAGGAAAUUGCUACUUACCGCCGCCUUCUGGAAGGAGACGAUGUAAAAACUGCACAUUAUAAAUCAGCAGUCAUGUCCCUACAUUAACACUUAAUGCUUAAUACGCAUUCAGAUGUAAAGAAAACCAGGAAGAUUAAGACAGUCGUGGAAGAAGUCGUGGACGGCAAGGUCGUGUCAAGUGAAAUCAGGGAGAUAGAAGAACCCGUCUGAAGAGCUUGCAGAAGCAGAGCCUGCUGAGGUCUUAAAAGAAAUAUAGCUGUAAUAUUUUUCUCUUGACAAUAAAAUGGCCAGCCCAAAGCACUACUAAUUCCUUAUAAUAAUUAGAAAGAAGGAAAUCUCUGUAAUCAAAUAUAAAUGUUUUACUCAGAGGAUCUAAAAAUUGCCUGCGAACAUGAGAUUCAUUGAGCACUAGAAUCUUUAAAAUGUCGUUAGGGUCGUCUUAAUCAUGAAAUGCAUUC